UCAGUUCUUUUUUUUCAGUCUUUGGCUUUGCCGAAUCACGAAUAUCUCCAGCUGGGAAUCAGACAGGGACAGAAAUGAAGAGCCCAGAAGUUCAAGACAAUGUUUCUGUUUCUCAAGGUGUUCGAAUGAUGUUUUACAUGAUGACGCCAAGUGAAACUACCUUCCAAACGCUAGAAGUGGUGCCUGAUUACGUUAAAAAGGCAACUCCAUUUUUCAUAUCCUUGAUACUGCUUGAACUAAUCAUCAGCUGGAUUCUCAAGGGGAAGCCACCAGGUCGCCUUGAUGAUAUUCUGACAUCCAUGUCAGCUGGUGUUGUGUCUCGGCUUCCAAGUUUGUUCUUCAGGAGCCUUGAAGUGACCAGCUAUAUUUAUAUCUGGGAGAACUAUCGUCUUCUGGAGUUGCCUUGGGAUUCUCAGUGGACAUGGUAUUUAACCUUCUUAGGAGUUGACUUUGGCUACUAUUGGUUCCAUCGCAUGGCCCAUGAGAUUAAUAUUAUUUGGGCUGCACACCAAGCUCACCACAGUUCUGAAGACUAUAACUUAAGCACAGCACUGAGACAGUCUGUCUUGCAGCCAUAUAGUUCCUGGGUUUUCUACUCUCCGUUGGCCCUCUUCAUACCACCUUCAGUGUUUGCUGUUCAUAUUCAAUUCAAUCUCCUGUACCAAUUUUGGAUCCACACAGAGGUCAUCACAAGCCUCGGUCCCUUGGAACUCGUUCUUAACACCCCUAGCCAUCACAGGGUUCAUCAUGGCAGAAAUCGUUACUGUAUAGACAAAAACUAUGCUGGCACUCUUAUUAUUUGGGAUAGAAUUUUUGGGACAUUUGAAGCAGAGAAGGAACAGGUUAUAUAUGGUCUAACGCAUCCCCUUGAUACGUUUGAGCCAUUCAAAGUUCAGUUUCACCAUUUGUUCCAUAUAUGGAAUACAUUCUGGGCCACACCUGGAUUCUUCCAUAAGUUUUCUGUCCUAUUUAAAGGACCAGGAUGGGGUCCAGGUAAACCAAGACUCGGCUUGAAUGAAGAAAUUCCAGAGGUCACAGGACAGGAAGUCCCCUUGUCAUCAGCAGCAUCCCAGCUAUUAAAGCUGUACACUGUCCUGCAGUUUGCAGUGAUGUUGGCAUUUUAUGAAGAGACCUUUGCCAGCACAGAGGCAUUGUGUCAAGUCACUCUACUUCUGAGGGUCUUCUUCAUUAUCCUGACCUUGACAUCCAUUGGUCUUCUUCUGGAUCAAAGACCCAAGGCAGCUAUUGUAGAAACACUCCGGUGCCUGGUGUUCCUAACCCUCUACAGAUUUGGUCACUUAAAGCCCCUUGUUCCAUCUUUAUCAUUUAUGUUUGAGAUUUUCUUUUCUGUUUGCAUUGCUUUUUGGGGAGUCAGAACCAUGAAACAACUCACUGCUGGCUCUUGGAAGUAAUCCUACUUACAACAAAGAGAUCUCUCAGUCCUGUCUGUUGUCCAUGGCAUGUCACCAUUACACAAAGAUUGUUAUCUUACAAACUGUCUACA